CCGGAGCACUGUUCACCGGGUAUUAUUAUUAUUAUUAUUAAUCUGGGAAUGCAUUUCGAUCCCCGUUUCAAAAUGAGAGUCUUUUGAGUCCAUUUCCAGCCCAUGCCGUAAUUGGAUUCCGGUAUAAAUCUGUGGAUAAAGUGGUCAACAGCGGAGGUUGAAAACCGGACAAUGCCCAAUAAUGCGCCCAGAUAUUUGCCCCCCAACCCAACCAUACUCUCAUGUUUAUCAACCUUCAUCUAUGCCCACAUAGCCCUUACUGUUGUUCUCUUCCUUUCAGUUAUUUAAUAUUAAUUCUCCUGAGUCUUUUCUUCUGCUCUCUGGCCUUGGUGUUGGGGCGGCGGCCGCCUCAGUGGCGUUAAAUACGUUAACUUACCCUCUAGCAAUCGCUCCACCCACACGUGAUCUCAGAUGUAAUAAUGGAUAACUAACUAUAAUAACGCGGCUCGAAUAUGUAAACCAUCACACACUUGUGGCAACACCCCGAGGUGGCGGCCGCUACAAACUCUAGACCAAAAACAGCUCUUGAGUCUUGAACCAUUAACUAUCACAGCAAAUCAAGCAUAUCAACAGGCAGUCUCUUGUCAGUAACAGCAAGGUUUCGCUUUCCGCCAGAAGGAGUGAAAGAAGGAUUGUGUGCAUCGGGGACCUAUAUCAGCAAAUUAGAGUAGAAUCAAGACUCAUUACGCGGUCGCGCUCUAAGGCUGCCUUGCCUGUCAGUCACGUUUCAUCCGGCGCAUUUCAUCCUUUGGUGGACGGACGACUCAUCCCAACCCAUCAGUCGAUACAGUGACAGUUGAAGCACCACUUGCGCUGCUCUAGAUCUUGAACCACAUACGAGCCUUCUAGUUCGUUCCCUGGACGUGCGCAAGGUACGUGUGUCCUUUGUUACUGCACAUCUGUCGCCAAAAAAGGCUCUCUCCUGUGCAAUAAACAUACAAAAUAUAUAUAUAAUCCCUUUUCGACGAACUUCCGUUCAUCAUGUCCCUUCCGCCACCUCCAGGUCUCCAACAACAAUCGUCUCAACCUCCGUCCUCGAAACCACAACCGUACACGUCUCUACCCGCACGACCACCUCCCUCUGCAUCUUUCCAGCCAGCAGGAGCCCCCGGGGCUUCCAAUACUAUUCCCCCUACUCCUUCGACUAGACCCAGUACCGGUUACAGCUCCUUCACAACCUUCCAGCCCCGUACUGUAACUACAAGCCAGUCAGCUUCUCCAGCUGGCUACCAACACCAUCACCAAUCCCAUGCCCCGCACUACUCCCGGCCGCCCUACGGGCAGCCCAACGUAGCAUAUUACGGACAACACCACCAAUACCAACAACAGCAACAUCAACAGACAGUGGGCGCUUACGGCCAGUCGGGUGCCCCUCACAUCCAAAACCCCUUCCCGUAUCCCAACCAAGCAUCAACCAAUGCAUACGGCGGCGCCGGAAGAGGCUAUGCCCGCCACACGGCGGACUCAGGCCUCGACCCGGACACCGAAGCGCAAAUUGCCCAAUGGCAGAGCGCGUAUAUGGGUAGGGAGAGCAUUGAAGCUGCCCAAGCCGUAGCAAAUACUGGAGGCACUAAAGGCGCAUUUGCCGCUACAGGCGCCAACACAGGACCUCUAGGAACCGUCCAGCGCAUGCACGACUCAGCCAUAUCGACACCAAUCUCUAGCGGUCCGCACACGACUUCGUCCACGCCUAUCCCGCUAGGCGUAGGCGCAGGCGCAGGUACAGCCGCCAUCGGCGCACCACCGGCGGCAGGCACAGGCGGAACCGCAACUCCAGACGAACCAGCCAAGACCGUCCUCCGCUCGGGUGGCGGGCAGAGCUGGACGGACUCCACGCUCCUCGAAUGGGAUCCGGCCCACUUCCGUCUCUUCGCAGGCAACCUUGCCGGCGAAGUCACAGACGAUUCGCUCUUGAAGGCGUUUUCGAAGUACCCAUCCGUGCAGAAGGCGCGGGUGAUUCGCGACAAGCGCACGGAGAAGAGUAAAGGGUAUGGGUUUGUGAGUUUUAGUGAUGGGGAGGAUUAUUUUCGCGCGGCGAGGGAGAUGCAGGGGAAGUAUAUUGGGUCACAUCCGGUCUUGUUGAGGAGGGCUAUGACGGAGAUUAGACCUGUGGCGGCGUCGAAGGUUGCGGGGACAGGGGGGAAGGGCGGUGGGAAGAAACGUGGAGGGGGUGGUGGUGGUGGUGCUGGAAAGGGUGCUGGAAAGGGUGCUGGUGGCGGCGGGGGUGGUGGUGGCUCGAAAGUUAUCGAUGGUGGUAUACAGAAGAAGCAAGGGAAGACGAAAGGGGGUUUGAGGGUUCUUGGGUAAUAGGCUUGUGCCCCAGUUUCUUUCUUUGGUUCGGUUGCUUUCUUUGUCAUGGAUAUCUGGCGAAUCUGAAUCUGUGGUGCUUUGUGUGUUCCUUUAAGUUUCCUGCCCUCCCUUUUAUUAUUGCUUUUUUCCUCCCACUGGCCUCGCAGGUGUUGCUGUAAAUUUUUUGGAUUUCAAAUGGUCGUUAAAAGCGAACGGAGUUUUUUGUUCUGCUGAAAUUCUUUCUAAUAAUUCCUCUUCUUUCUCUGAGAAGAACGCCUUGUCUCAAUAUAUCUGCCAUCCGUCAUAUAACCUAUCACAUACACAUUAUUACCUGUUCCCGUCUUUUGCCUGCAGACGCUAUAUCAAUGCUACUACUUGUAUAGAGCAAAAACCGCCAGUCUGGAUCUAAAGAAGUUUCCAGGAAGAGGCUAGAAAAUUUAAUGGUUUUGAGGCCUCCCCUUGGCACCCGACCCUUAUGCAGUUUGGAGAUGCAUUCAUUUAGUCGCUCAACAUUCAUGGAUAGGUGGCAGCUUCCUAGAAAAUGAUAGGUUGGGACCACACUGCUCCAUACAUACCACACGCAAGCCAAAGGCAGACGGUCUAUCGGUAUCUGGUGAACAAAACCCGCAACGGGAAUUUUAGCAGAAUAUCUCUGGGACCCAAGCUCGCACCAGGGCUACUGAGAAGUAACUUAACUACCAGAAUAUAUAAACUUACAGCGUGUGGGCAACCAGGCGGAUGCUGAAACUUAGCUACGCCGUCACUAGGCUAACUGGAAAUGGGCUAAAUGUCGGCAAGCAUGUCUUUGUUAAAUAAGAAUAAAUUG